AAUGGAGCUAGUAUAUUACGGGAAAAAAAAAAUAAAAAAUAUUCCUCUUAUGUUUACAUUUUGAGCCCAAACGGUGAACCGGAUGGAACACAAAAAAAAAAAAACAUUUUGUUUUGUUUUAUGUUUUUUUUUUACCCUCUUUGAAGCCUUUCUCACGUUAGCGCUGGAUCGCUGCACCCUCUCUCUCUCCUCCAUUGAAGCGUACUCUGAAUCCUCCAUUGAAGCACCUUCCGAGCUUUCUCUCCUCCAUUGAAGCAGCUUCUAAGGGGUAUAAUGUGCUGAGUUGUUUAAGCGAACGACAAUCGACUUUGGCAUUUUGAUUUACAUCUUUCUAGUGUGAAGUGUUCCUCCAGAAGUAUUUUGAAACAGUAGCAAAGACUGAUUGGAUCUUCAUAUGUAUAAAUUUUGUACAUGAUGUGAUAGAAUGCCAAUAGCAUUCAUUUGAUUACUUUGGUUGACUUGUGAGAGUGAUAACAUUUCAAAGCUUCUGAUUCUUCCAUGGAACCUUUCUUGAAAUCCAGUGGUAUUCCUGAGGCAUGGCAUAUCAUUGUAGCAAUAUAUUUCGCUGUUUUCUUCGUUGGUGCAAGAUUCUUCUUAGACAAAUUCAUUUUCCGGAGGCUAUCCAUAUGGUUAUUGAGUUUGAGUAAGAGAGCUGCUCCAUUGAAGUUUGACGAGGCUACCAAAGCAAAAAUCGCAAAGUGCUCUGAGUCAUUAUGGAAGCUGACUUACUAUGCCACAAUGGAGGCAUCAAUUCUUUGCAUUAUCUAUUAUGAACCAUGGUUCAGAGAUUCAAAGGAGUAUUUCAAAGAUUGGCCAAAUCAAGAGCUCAAGAUUUCUUUGAAACUAUUCUAUAUGUGCCAAUGCGGCUUCUACAUCUAUAGCAUUGCUGCCCUUCUUACAUGGGAAACUCGAAGGAAGGAUUUUGCAGUAAUGAUGUCUCAUCAUAUAAUCACUGUUCUUCUUAUAAGCUGCUCAUAUAUGACAAGCUUUUUCAGGAUUGGGUCAAUUAUCUUAGUUCUGCAUGAUGCAAGUGAUGUUUUCAUGGAAGCUGCUAAAAUUUCCAAAUAUUCUGACAAAGAGCUUGCAGCAAGCGUGUUCUUUGGUUUAUUCGCUCUGUCAUGGCUUAUGUUACGGCUAAUAUUCUUUCCUUUCUGGGCAAUAAGAGCUACCAGCAUUGAUCUCUGUACGGUCUUGAACCUUUCAGAGCCCUUUGAUAAAGUUCGGUACUAUGGCUACAAUACCAUGUUGAUUAUGCUGCUUAUUUUCCAUGUGUACUGGUGGAUACUCAUAUGUUCCAUGAUAAUGCGGCAGCUGAAAAAUAAAGGAAAAGUUGGGGAAGAUAUAAGAUCUGAUUCAGAGGAUGAUGAAUAGGUGGAAAAUUUUGGUUUUCAGUUAAUUCAAUUUAGAUCUUGAAAUUUCAGCAUACAGAGCAUUUGGAAAAAUGUAGCACAUCUCAUAUUGCUCUUGAAUCGGCUCCCAGCUUGGAUAUGGUAUGAGAUGAAGUGCUUCCAUUGGAUUAAAAUUUUUGCUGUAUAAAUAGCAUGUUGUAUGAUUGUUAUCUCAAGCGUCACAUCCUUUACUCAGAAUUAGAAACCAUAUAUUGUAAAGUGCAGCGAUUCAUUUUCCAUUAUAACUGCCUCCGUACUCGGUAGCUGGUUAAGGUGCAGUUAGAGCUACAUACUGUCAGAUAGUACGUGAUUAAUGAAAAAUUUGAAUGUUUUCGUUUAUGAAAACUCAUUAAUCC